CUCUCGCCCCGCCCCCGCCCCGCUCCUCGGGCUGGCUGGGCCCUCAGGUCCCGGGCGUCCGCCGCCGCUGGCCUGUCCAAAAUGGAGGGCUCUCCGCCGGCGUCGUUUGCUCUCCGGCUGCUCCUGCUCUCGGUGUUGCCGGCCGCCGGGUGGCUGAGGACAGCUACCCAGGAGCUGCCACUGCCGCCCCAAGCCCCGCAGGACAACAUCAGAAUUAACGUAACUACCCUGAAAGAUGAUGGGGAGGUAUCCAAAGAACAGGUUGUUCUUAACAUAACCUAUGAGAGUGGACAGGUAUAUGUAAAUGACUUCCCUGUAAAUAGUGGUGUAACCCGAAUAAGCUGUCAGACUUUGAUAGUGAAGAAUGGAAAUCUGGAAAAUGUGGAGGAAAAAGAAUAUCUUGGAAUUGUCAGUGUAAGGAUUUUAGUUCAUGAGUGGCCUAUGACAUCUGGUUCCAGUUUGCAACUAAUUGUCAUUCAAGAAGAGGUAGUAGAGAUCGAUGGAAAACAGGCUCAACAAAAGGACGUUACUGAAAUUGAUAUUUUAGUUAAGAACCAGGCGAUACUCAGACAUUCAAACUACACCCUACCUUUGGAGGAAAGCAUGCUGUAUUCUAUUUCCCGAGACAGCGACAUUUUAUUUACCCUUCCCAACCUCUCCAAAAAAGUAGAAGGUGUCAGCUCACUGCAGACCACCAGCCAGUAUCUCCUCAGGAAUGUGGAAACCACCGUAGAUGAAGACGCUUUCCCUGGCAAGCUACCUGAGACUCCUCUCAGAGCAGAGCCUCCAUCUUCUUACAAGGUGAUGUGUCAAUGGAUGGAAAAAUUCAGAAAAGAUCUAUGUAGGUUCUGGAGCAGUGUUUUUCCAGUAUUCUUUAUGUUUCUGAACGUCAUGGUGGUUGGAAUUAUAGGAGCACUUGUGGUAAUAACCAUCUUAAAGGUGCUCUUCCCAGUUUGUGAAUACAAAGGAACUCUUCAGUUGGAUAAAGCAAAUGUUAUACCUGUCACAGCUAUCAACUUAUUUCCAAAUAUUCCUGAGAAAAAAAGAGCAGAAAACCUUGAAGAUAAAGCAUGUGUUUAAAGCACCAUCGCAAAUCAUGGACUCUGAAUUAGUCUUUUGGCUCUAAAUUUGCCACUUGAAUAGAAUUUUCUUUAAAUCGCUAAGAAUCUGUUUAUAUACUAGGGAAGUUGCUAAACUCCUAAAACUGCCUAAAACUUGACCUUUAAAGUGACAAGUUAAAAGUCACCUUAUUCUGUAACAGGUCUGGCUAUUCAGAUGAUGAAUUAAAGAAAUUUAAAUGAAGUGGAAGAGAAGACAUGAAGAAACUUCAAACUUACCAAAAAAAAAAAGCAGGACAAAAUGCCAUGUGCCAAUACUUUUCAAGGUGCCUUUGUAAAGGAAAUUCUAUCCACUUAAUUACUAUAAUAUAUGAGACUUUAUGAAAAGCACUUUAUGAAAUUCUAAUUUAAAAGCUCAAGAAUUUAACACUUAUUUUUUUAUUCAGUUUAAUGUGCCUUUAUAUUAAGUAUGUGACUCAAUAUAAAAUCACUUAAGUGUAUCAUGAUUUGAUUAUAUCCUGUACCAAGACUACUUACCUGAAUGCACCAGGAUUUAAAAAUAGUAGUGACAUGUUCUCACUCUAAAAUAAACUUUUUUUGAGGAAAACAGUA